AUGGCAGAGGUUUGGGUGGGGAGCGAUGGUUCUGGGGGACACUCUGAUGAGUUGUCUCAUGAAAUGCACUUGGAACCAAUCUAUGAUUCAUUUGUAUGCCCGCUUACAAAAAAAGUUAUGCGAGACCCGGUUACAUUAGAGAAUGGACUCACAUUUGAACGUGAAGCAAUUGAGAAGUGGUUCAAGGACUGCAGAGAAAAAGGAAGGAAGCCUACCUGUCCAUCGACAUUGAAAGAGCUGCACAGCAUAGACCUGAACCCUAGUAUUGCCUUACGGAACACAAUUGAAGAAUGGACCAAAAGAAAUGAAGCUGCUCAAAUCGACAUUGCUCGAAGAUCCCUGUCUUCUGGGAGUCUAGAGGCAGAUGUUCUACAGGCCCUAGACUAUAUUCAUCUUCUUUGCAAGAGAAGCAAGUCCCACAAGCAGGUUGUUCGCAAUGCAGGGCUAAUACCAAUGAUUUCUGAAAUGUUGAAGAGCACUAGUAGCAAAGUUAGGUUUAGAUCCCUAGAAACACUCCGGAUUGUUGCUGAAGGAGAUGCUGAUAAUAAGGUUGUUGAAUUUCUGUUCUGUGUCUAUAGUCUGCACCGUGCAGGACCUCCUGACUAACAUGCUUCUGGUGUUUCCCUGCAGGACGCUAUAGCUGUAGGUGACACUAUACGUACAAUUGUGAAGUUUUUGUCCCAUGAUCAUUCCCAGGAGAGGGAGGAGGCUGUUUUCCUGUUAUACGAGCUUUCAAAAUCCGAAUCCCUCAGUGAAAAGAUUGGUGAUGUCUAUGGAUCAAUUCUUAUAUUAGUUGGAAUGGCUAGCAGUAAAUCGGAGAAUGUUCUUACAGUUGAGAGAGCUGAGAAAACACUGGAGAACUUAGAGACAUGUGAGAAAAAUGUGCGGCAGAUGGCUGAAAAUGGAAGACUACAGCCUCUUCUCAGACUUCUUCUGAAAGGUACCGCCUUAUUUCCUCUUCUGGUUUCCUAUGGUUCCAGUCUUCCUUAGUAGUUUGUCUGUGUAGCAUGUACUUAGCCCUCUUCCAUUACACAUUUUGUUACUUUUAAGAGACUUGACCCUUUAUUUGAGCAUUUUAUUCUCAAAUAUAUUCAUUUUUUAGGAAGCUUGCUCACUAAAGAUAAUUUCCGUAACUGAAAAAUUGGCAAUUUCAUUCAGGAGUAUCCUAAACUAAUAUAUUAGUUUCUUAAGGGCUAACCGAUGGACAGCAACAGUAUGAAGGCAAAUGAAAGCACCUGAAGAAAAUUUGUGAACGUUUAAUCAGUAUAUAUGAACUUAUUUUGGAGCUGUGCCUUCUCUUGCUGGUCUCCAUUAUGUAGAGAAAAGCAUCGAUGUAUAGUAGCUUUCCUCUGAUGCGUUUCCAGAAUUAUCCUAUCUAAAUAUCCCCACUGCCCAUUGGGGUUUCAGUGAUAAACUUCAGCACGUCCAACCAUCAUCUAAUGGACGUUGGUAUUUGUUGCAGUCAUCUAAUAGAAUUUCUUGGAAGUUAUACUUUCACACGACCUAAACAGUUGGCUAAUUGACGAUGGUUUAAAUGCUAUGACAUCGUAUUCAAUUUAGCUGUAGUUCUUGUUAUAAGUUUUUAAAGUUUCAAUAUCAUUAUAUUAUCCUUUCAUAUUCAGACUCUAUAUCAGGCCAGCGCCAUAGGAAUGGAUGAUGAUGGUGAAGCCACAAAUAAGAAAAUGAUAUUCUAGAACCAAUUAAAAUACACAAGCCGACAGUGGUAGUUAGAAACAGAGUUUUUGACACCCGAAACUUAAGCUGAUCUAAAUUUUAAUCAAUUCAGAAACUUGCGUUAGUUUGACAAUCUGUGACAAUUGAUUCAUGAUUCGUUUAUAAAAUCAGUCCUGCAAACCCUACCCUAUUCCUUACAUUCACCUGAAACAAUUAUAUCACUGUUGGCUGGUCGGAAGCAGUUGCUUCAUAGAUCAAGUCUAAAUAGACCAGAAAUAAUUGUGCUGCUUAUAAUAUUUCAUUUUAAAGGUCUCCUUACAAGAAUCAUGAAAUAAUUAGCUGAUGUAGAGCAGAUGCCAUCCUAUCUGUUACCAAACUAACGUUGUGCUGUACCUGGGGAAGGUGACUUAGGGCGUAUUACAUGAACAAACAUGGGAUGUGUAGCCUAAAAAUGGGGUCCGUAUCAUAAAUGCCUCGCUAACUCAAACCUGCAAGAUUUUUCGGUGAUAUGAAAAAAAAUAUUCUCCAGGCAUUUGCUUACAGCAACAUGAUUUCUGUUACAUUGAUGACGGAUGAUGUGUGGAAACGUGGUCUGUCCAGCCAUUUCAGAACGAAGUGAUGCUAGUAAAGUAAAUAUUUUAUGUUGUCCUAAACAGCUUAUAAUCUGAGCAGCAUAUAUCAUAUUUAAUAAUCUUAACAUUUUACAGUUUCUUUUUAUUGAUUCCAUGAUAAUGGUUUCACUGGGUGCAUAACCACAGAUUGAACCAUGAGUCUUAUCGUUGGUCUCUCUGCCUCUACCUUAGGGGGAAUACCACCUGCUGCUUUUAGCGUCUCUGUGCUUACUGACUUUAGCAAUCAUAGUGUCUCAUUCCCACCCCUGAAGUAGCCAUUCUAAGACCUACACUGUGUUGCAUAUGAUGGUUUCCACAUGAGGCAUUUUGGGACUGCUGACAGAGAUGUCAGACAAGAACAAACAGUAAUUUUUUGGAUUCUGGAAUACUUUCCCUUACUAGUGCAGGUAAAUGACAUUUUUUUUUUUUUGCCAUCUCGCAUAUAUUUUACCUUGAUUACUUAUAGGAAGAAUGAUUGGCAAUAUUAUCCGGGUCGAUUUUGCAUAAUGACCUGUUCACGUAGCAUUGCAGAGGGAAAAACUUUCAUACCAUGGAUGAUUUAGAUUGGGGACUUUUGUAUGAUCAAGGCUCUUAGAUGGUUUAUCCUUCCUGUGUCACAUCUUCAAUCACGUUUCUGCAAAAAUUAGCAUUACUUAUGACAACAGAGUUACCUGAUAUGCUUUUUUUGUUAAACAUGAAUGAAGUACAAAAAUACGAAGGAUCUCAUUCUUUUAUCUUAUUCUACGUUAUGCAACUUGGUAUCCAUUAUACACAUCAAACCUAUUUCAACUGUAGGAUUGAGAAUUUCUGAAUAGUCUGAUCAUAGCAUGCUACUGCUUCUUAACAAAGUAAUGCAAUGACAGAGUUCGGCAUUCAUUAGGAAGAGGAUAUUGCCGUAACACAGUAAUUUAUAUGGUGGGUAAGAAUUCUUGAAUUCUUGCGUGGGAAAGUGGGAGGGGGCAGUCAGAAGAACGUCUGCUCGUUUUUCCCUAGGAUUCUGAUAUAAUGGGAUGGGUUGUCCUCUUAUUCUGCGAGCUUGUCGUUGCCAGGUUCACCCGAAACGAAGCUCGCCAUGGCUGAGCACCUUGGGGAGCUUGCUCUGAGCAACGACGUGAAGCUCCUCGUGGCGCAGACUGCGGGCGCAUCCCUCAUUGAAGUCCUGCAAAGUGGCAGCAAGCGUGCAAAGGAGGUCGCUCUGAAGGCUCUGAACCAGAUCUCAUCUUACGAGGCGAGUGCCAAAAUACUGGUCAAGGCGGGCAUCCUUCCACCGUUGAUCAGGGACCUCUUCACCGUUGGCCCCCACCAGCUUCCGAUGAAACUCAAGGAGAUCUCCGCCACUAUCCUCGCCGACAUCGUGGCCUCUGGUGCCGACUUCGUGGCCAUCCCGCUUGGGGAUGAGCGCCAGACGCUGGUCUCUGAGGGCGUCGUCCACAACCUCCUGCACCUGAUCAGCAACACCGGCCCAGCCAUCGAGUGCAAGCUGCUACAGGUCCUGGUCGGCCUCACGAGCUCCCCCAGGACGGUGGAGAGCAUUGUCGCGGUGGUCAGGAGCUCCGGCGCCGUCAUGAGCUUGAUCCAGUUCAUCCAGGUGCCCCAGAGGGACCUCCGCAUGGCGGCCAUCAAGCUCCUGCACAACGUCUCGCCGUUCAUGGGCCAGGAGCUGGCCGACGCCUUCCGGAACAACGCCGGGCAGCUUGGGAGUCUGAUCCGGAUCAUCGCCGACAACGGCGGGGCCUCGGAGGAGCAGGCGGCCGCCGUCGGGCUCCUGGCCGAGCUCCCCGAGCAGGACUCGGGGCUCACGCGGCGCCUGCUGGCCGAGGAGGCGUUCGAGAUUAUCAUCCAGAAGGUGAUGAGGAUCCACCAGGGGGGGACCCGCAACAACCGCUUCUUGACGCCCUAUCUGGAGGGCCUCGUCCGCGUACUCUCGCGGGUCACCUUCCUGCUGCAGGACGAGCCCGCCGUCGUGAAGCUCUGCCAGGAGAACAACCUUGGCGCCCUCUUCAGCGAGAUGCUGCAGAAGAGCGGCGGCCAGGACAGGAUCCAGGCGGCCUCCGCCCUAGCGCUGGAGCACCUCUCCCAGCAGUCGCGUCGUCUGUCGAGGAUCCCCGAGGCCCACGACCCCGGCUUCUGCUGCGUCAUCUUCCCCUGCUUCAGCAGCCAGCUGCCCGUGAUCGGGAUCUGCCGGGUCCACCGGGGGCUCUGCUCCAUGAGGGACAGCUUCUGCCUCGUAGAGGGGCAGGCGGUGGACAAGCUGGUGGCCUGCCUUGACCACGAGAACGAGAGGGUGGUGGAGGCCGCCUUAGCCGCCGUCUGCACCCUGCUCGAGGACGGGCAGGACAUCGAGGCCGCCGUACAGCUGCUGGCGGAGGACGAGGGCGUGAAGCUCAUCCUCGAAGUGCUGGUGCAGAACCGCAGCGAGGUCCUCCGCCACCGCGCGGUCUGGGCUGCCGAGAGGAUUCUGAGGACCGAUGACAUAGCCAACGAGGUCUCGGGCAACCAGAACAUCGUCACUGCCAUUGUCGAGGCCUUCCGCAAUAGCGACAACCACACGAAGCAGCUCGCCGAGAAGGCGCUUAAGCACAUUGACAGAUUGCCCAGAUUCUCCGGGAUCUUCCCCAGGAUCUGA